AGUUUUCCCCCCAUCCUUUUUUCAAAUGAGCGUUGGGAGAAAUAUCAGAUUACAACCAACUCUGUUGCAGAGGAGGUGGAUUAAUCAUGCACACUCGCUGAAAGAGACUCUGCUUUUUCCGGCAAGCCAGAGAACAGCCUAGUGCUGAAAUCAGAUUUUAAAAAAUGUAAUACCAUCAUUACCAAAGAGAGACGAGAGAAAGACUUGGCUUCGAUGCCCUUGGUUUCUUCGGCUUUAAGCCCAACUAGAAGAGAUGGAUAUAAAUAUCUCUUUACUAUCCAAUAUCUGUUCAGCCACCUUGUCCUUGGUGAAAGCAGGUGCCAAUCAGACAGAAGCAGGCAUUGGAUUCCAGCAGGUGGCAAUCGGACUGAUACUCGCUUUUAUAGAUUUGGCGACUCUUUUGGGAAACACAGUGGUGUUUAUCUGUCCCUUGAUGGAGAAGAGGCUCCGGACAGUUACCUAUAUGUUUAUCAUGUCCUUAGCAAUGGCAGAUUUUCUUGUGGCUUGCCUGGUGAUGCCAUUUAGGUAAGAAAUCUGACAAAGCAUCGUUUAUGAAGUGACUGGCAUGUGGAUGUUUGGGAGAGAGUUCUGCAAAGUCUGGAUCUCAUUCGACGUCAUGUUCUGCACGGCUUCCAUAGUCACAUUGUGUUUCAUCAGCCUGGACAGAUACUGUUCUGUCGUAACACCCUAUCGUUAUUCAAAGAGGAUGUCGCGGCAAAGGUGCGUCAUAAUGACCUGCGCUGUCUGGAUCUAUUCUUCCCUGAUUUCCUUUUUGCCCGUCAUGAAAGGCUGGAAUGAGAUACCCGGCGUGGAUUUUGACGCUACCAAAGAGUGCGUCUUUGUCACCAACUGGGUUUUCGCCAUUGUAGCUUCAGCUCUGGCCUUCUUCAUCCCCUUCGCCAUCAUGUGCAGUAUGUACUUCUUCAUCUACCGCGCAUCCAGACUCAAGGCCUCCCGCAUCGUCUCUCAGACCCUCGACCUUCACUACCACCCACAGAGUAAACGCCAGAACAGCCUGCAGCUGGAAAACAAGGCCACUCGCACCAUCAGCAUCCUCAUCUCAGUCUUUAUACUGUGUUGGCUGCCAUAUUUUGUCUUCAACGUAUGGUUGGCCACCAAAGGGGCCAAUUCCACCAGCAAAGUUCUUGUUGGCACUUUCAAGAUCAUCACCUGGCUGGGCUAUUGCAAUUCCACAAUCAACCCAAUGCUCUAUGCUUUCCUCAACUGGGACUUUCAGCGAGCUCUGAAGAAACUGCUGACCUGCAGGCGCGGGUCUCAAGUGGUCAUGGGCGAGGAUAUCGUUUCGAUAGUGACGUUCACAAAGACAGCUCAAGACCCCAGAGCGCAAGGGGAAAGAAGAUCUAUGUUCUGCAACUCUGAAUAAGUCUUCACACAUGUGGGCAGUAGGAGAGUCACUGGAAUCCUUCACCACCCAGUAUGGGAACCCUAGAUAUGAAAUGGAUUUUGGGCUGAAUUUGUAUUGCAAAACAUAAGCAUGGUGAAGUUUUUUCUUCUCCAGCAGGUGAAUAGCUACAGGGGGAAAUAGCUAGAAUAUGCAAACAAAAGAAGCCAUUGAUUAUUCUAGCCAGGGCUGGAUUCAAGCCCUUUCAGUGCCAAAUGUAGCAGAGUACCAGUUAGAUCCAUUAAGCUACAGACCUGGGUUUUAGCUUUCUAUAAAACACAGCCAUUCUGAAAGGUUGUCUGCAACAGCCUUUGCCACUACUGUUAUUCCCUUUGGCUCAGUUUCUCCACCGCUAUUUUCGAUGCUGUCUCCAGCUUAAAUCACCGCUUGAAUCAAUGGCUAGGUAGGGUUGAUAUUCCUUUUGUCUGUUUUUGUUCCUCGCUAGUGUCCUUCUUAAACCUCUGAAGGGACAACUGCAGUAAACUUUG